UGAUCAGAUGCCUUGAGCCCUUGUACCACGUGCAGAGGCGCUCAGCCAUCUAAUUUCCGCCUGCUUGAUCUCCAUAGCCGUUUGCUGCCGCGGCGCCAGAGAAGAUCAUGAGCCCCAAUCGGGCUAGGAUCCAGGAACGAGAGGCGCCAGAGGACAGGGUCUAUGCACUUCGACGACGUCCCAAUGGCAGACGUCGCUCGCCUCCCCCACAGGCUGCUAUCCCUUCGAUCGACCCAGAUGACGAUCUCUUCGUCCGCCCAUGAGUGCCCAUGUGUGAGUUGGUCCUUCUCUUGUCGCAGCGAUGCCGCCGUAAGGACGUGGAGGCUCGGUUGGAGGGACGCUCGGCUCGAGGGACGCUCGCACGCAGACGGGGCGUGUUUGAGCCUGCCCUCCCGCUGUGGUGUCAUGGCCGAGCUUAUCUGGACGUCGGUUAAUGCAACCUGCGGUGCCUGAGAGUCUGCUGACGUUUGUGCCUGCCACAGCUGCUUCGCACUCACAUGCGCAAGCUCCGCCAGCACGACAAGCUCCUUCACGCGAGCCGAGUGUGACCCGCGGUCGCAUUGCAUCCCGCACCAGGGCGCCCGGCCUGGCUUUUCCCAGUAGCAGCAGCAACUCGAGCCCCGACGCCCUUGAGCGCACCCUGGAGCGCCGGCCCUCGCAGUCGUACGCCCACAACCGCAACACGUCCAUUGUGCAUGGCGUCCAGCACUCACGCAGCACGAGCUACGUAAACUCGCCGGCCACCAGCCCCCUCAGCGAGACGGCCCAGGUUAUUGCCGGCCUCGAUGGAGCCAUCAUGUCGCAGGACACCAUAACCGCCGCCUUCUCGGCCCACGGCGUACCGGCCGCCUCGAGUACCACGACUGGCUUCGCCACCGCCGGCCUGCCUCUGCCGCUGGGCGACGCCGGCAGUGCACAGCGCAAGCCCGAGCGUGCGCCCAGCAGGUCCUCUCGCAAGGGCCAUGUGCACCACCGCUCCCAGUCGCGCCACCACCAGCACUCCCAUGAGCUGAAGACAGUCGGCGAAUACGCCCUGCACCACCUCUUCAACUCGUUCAUCAGUCAGGCCGACCAGAAGAUCAUACAGUGCAUGACCACGGACCGCAACCAGCCAGAGGCCGAAGUGCAGUGCAUCUGUGGCCCUGGCGUGGACCCCAACUUCGACCAGCUCAUAGCGGCUCUUGGUCACAUUGCGCGCCACAAGCCCAAGCCUCUCAUAGACACCAUCAUGCUGUGGCGCAAGGCGAAGAGCGAAGAGGCUUCGAAGUUGCGUACACAGCUGCAAACUGCUAAACAAGCAAAUGGGCCCGCCCACACUCACUUGCCUCGCCGAAACACAGAGACGAGUCAGAACUUGCCCGAGAGUAUGUCGACAACUUCAAUAGCUGCGGGUGCUGAGCAACUUCUUGCCCUGCAGGACACCGUGACACUGGCCGAGCAACGCUCAACCGUGUCAACGUACAUUCUCUGCCGAGUGCUCAUUGAGAUCAUGGGCCAGACAGACAUCCAGAACCUGACUUUCGACAUGGCCGAUCGUCUACUUGGUCUGUUUUACGGGCAGCUGAAUACCAUAGAUCCCGAGGUGGUCGAAUUUUCCAACCUGAGCAGAGCAAAUCUUGCCAUUUUCAGCCAGCUACUCGGUGUCCUCAGUGAACUUAUAUUCGAUCCAGUCCAGGAAAAGUUCAUCGCGGACCUCAAGAUAAUCGACACUCAGCUAUCUGUCAAAGGCCAGUAUACACGAGACAUCGAGAACAAGGGUGCUCAACUCAUCCGAGCUCUGCGCUAUUUGAAGGUCAAGACAUACCCCGAGGAAGCAUGGGAACGCACAUGCAGCUUCAUGCUAUCCCUUGCGAAGCUAUUCGUUAGCGCACAUGGUCACCCCAUGAAGUACGCCUUCUGCCAGGUGUUGAGAGAGCUACUGCUGCGGAUUGCGUCAAAAGCCACCGUAGAACUCAGCUCACCAAGAUGGAAGCCGGUGGUCGACAUGAUGAGGCAGCGGGCUGCCGUGUUACUUGGCAAACCGAAACACUGGCAUGAGGCUUUCCCCUUGAUGACCGCACUGUUGUGCGUUUCGCCGACGGAAACCUUUAUAGCACAGUGGUCCGCGCUCGCACUAUCAACACAGCCACGACUGAAAGAGCGCGUCACUCGACCUAUCGUUCUCCGCGGCAUAUGCCAGUUGGUAUGGACAUAUCUCUACAGGAAAGGCCCCGAUUCUCCGUCCACUGCUGUGCGCAAACUCGAAGACAUCAUUCGGAUGAUAUUUCAACCUGGUCGGCGAUCAUACCUCUCAACCGAGUCCGCCAUCGCUGAGCCUCUCAUUCAGCUGACAAGAAUCAUCGGUUACAAGUACCAAGAUCUCUGCUUCAAGACGAUCAUCUUCCCUUUGCUCAAUGCCGAGAUGUUCACUUCCGGGCGGGAACUUCGUGUCGAGAAUCUAGAGCCUGAUCGAAUGGUGCUAGGCAUCCGCUCGUUUCUGGCGAUAAUGGCAGACUUGGAGAACUCCGUACAGCCACCUUUUCCCAUCUCGUUCGAUUACGACCCCAAUUCGAUACUUCCUGAAUUGCCAGCCGUUCCAGUCAGCCCACGACCCCUGCAACAUCUACCUAUCAAAUCGUCACUUCUGAAGGAAGAGCGAUUGUCACGACCUGUCAACUUCAAUGGUUUCGCCGAAGUGGCAAAAGACUCGUACGUGCGGUUUUGCAAGAUAUUGGGUGAGAUCACGAUCAUAUGCGACAACGCGUUUGGUGGGCAGGCAGUUCUCGACGAGAAGUUCUCACUCCAUACACCGAAAACGCCGAUGGCAGAGGCGUUCAGCUUCAGCCGGCGCGAGGACCAUCAAGGUUCUGUUGAUCCCAGACAAGGGUUCUACGACCUUCUGCACGUUGCCGUGCAAGCUCUACCACGAUGUCUGUCUCCUCAUAUCCCUUUCAAUUCUCUUGUCAACUUGUUGUGUACUGGCACUGCACAUGUCCAAAGCAAUAUUGCCGUGUCUUCGGCUCAGUCCCUGAAGUCCAUUGCACGCCAAUCUCACGCACAGCAAGUCACGAUCGGUUUCGCUCGCUUCAUAUUUAAUUUCGAUGAUCGUUAUGCUACGAUGUCAGACGGUGGUAUGCUCGGUGCAGGGCACAUUGAGAGCACGCUGAAACUUUACGUUGAGUUACUUCAGAUCUGGAUCGAAGAGAUCAAACAUAAGGUCCGCAAGACGGCGCUCGACACGCCUGAAGAGGGCGCUGGCAGCCGAGCGGCGCUCCUCGAUCUUUCAUCGAUUUGGACACAUGUCGAGGAAGUUGAGUCACACGGCCUAUUCUUUCUCUGUUCACCUUCGCGACGUGUACGAUCUUACGCCGUCACCGUGUUACGCCUUAUCACCGAGUUCGAUACGGCACUGGGCGCCACCAACACACGCGUAAUACGCGUCAUGGAAGGCAGUUCUCAAAGGGUCAUGGACAUCAGCGACGAGAAACUAUCGCUAGCCGAGCGAAGUCGUCUUCAGCGUGGUAUGCGCAAGAGCAACGUCCAAAGCACAUUGGUGGAACUGUGCAGCAGCGACGUGCCUUAUGAUUCUACACUUUGGUUCAAGAUUUUCCCUAACCUCGUGCGGAUCAGCUUUGAAGUUUGUCCGUUUGCCGUCACCCUGACUCGCGACAUCGUUUGCGCGCGACUCACGCAGAUGCAUCGAACCUUGCUCAGCAUUGGCGACGGGCCUCGUGCUACCCCAUACUCGCCUUUUGAGCCAGGUAGCAUAAGCAGAGUCACGAAUCGUCUGGCUUCAACUUCACCGGAAAUUGUCAUUGAACAGUGGAAGCUUUAUCUAAUCUUCGCUUUCACCACUUUGACAAAUCCUGGGCCAGGUAGCACGCUCAUACCAAGCCAAAUGUCACAACACUCACGAAAAAGCUCGAAGUCUUCACAGAAGAGCACGAAUAAAUUGCACACCGCCAGCGAGCUUUUUGCAAAAGUCUUACCCGCAUUAUCGGUCGACAAUAGUGCCGUGCGUGAGGCUGCCGUGAUAGGUCUCGGCUCCAUCAACAUCAAUCUUUAUCGAACGCUUCUGGAAUCGCUUCAAGGUAUUGUUGCUGCAUGUGCCGAAGAAGCAAAGACAAGACUAGGAUCGCAUACACGGACCUUGAGCAGCCCACGAAGGAACAGACGCACUGAUCACCUCCGAACCGAGAUCACGCAUGUGUACAAGCUUUCAUCUCAAUUCUUGCGACUUCCAGAAGCAUACAACGACGAGUGGAUUGUCAACAAUCUCGUCAACUACACAAAGGAUCUAAGGAUCUUUCUCAGCGAUGCUGAAGUCCAGAAUGAGUGGGGAUUUCAGAAGCUGCGUACCCAUUAUUGUGGGCUUGUAGAAGUAUUGUUUGAAGGCAUCAACCGCACGGAUGACCCACUUCAAUGGAUGCCGUUCCAAGCUCGCAAGGCCGCGUUCACGCUCAUGGAGGACUGGUGCGGCUACUCCGCGAACCAACAGCAAAUUCGCCAGCGAGAGGAGAACAUGCGCAGAUCCAUGCUAGAUCGAGAGGCCGAUUUGGGCAACAAGGGCAUUGCAACGGCAGCUAUGGAGAUCGAGAAACGUGAUCUGCGUACAGCAGCGCUAAGUGCCAUGGCUGCUUUGUGUGGCGGUCCAGUCAGCAUCACAACUGAUAGUAAGGUCUUGAUGCAAUUUGAUGUCCGCCGAAUGCUGUCAUGGAUUGACAGCAUAUUCGAAACUCCCAGUGAUCGUACGCAUGCGAUCGGUCGACGAGCACUCACGAACCUGAUCAUCCACAAUCGCGAACACCCCUACCUCUUGGAUCGCGCCAUUGAAAUGUGUUAUCUUUCCAAGUCCUCCAAAUCCUUGGAUAGCUAUUUCGAAGUCGUCACGCAGGUACUCACACAACGAGAAGAUUACACACUGCCUUUUUGGAAGGUACUGAGUGCGGGUCUGUACACACUUGGCCACGAGAACAGCGGGAUUCGCAUCAAGUCGUCUCGUUUACUAAGAGCGUUGGAGGGACGAGAACAGAAGAACUCCAAACUCCAAGAUCUCGACAUCAGCAUCUCCGACAAGACGAUUGCCGUGUACAAGCUAGCCCAGUUUGAAACUUCUCGGCGACUCGCAAAGCAACAUUCUGAGCUUGCUUUCCUAGUAUUCUCACAGUUUUCGUACUACUUCAAGGAGCUGCAGCCAGACCAUCAGCGAAAUAUGGUCGCGGCAAUGCUACCUUGGAUCCAAACCAUCGAGUUGCAAGUGCAGCCGGGCGGUGAUCCUACAGCAAACUCGUACAUGCUGCUCGUCAAUCUUUUCGAAAUCACUGUUCGCUCGGGAAACGCACUACACAACGAAAUCCAAGCACUUUGGCAAGCCUUGGCCACUGGGCCAUAUGGAGGCAAUGUACAGCUGAUCCUUGAUUUCAUCAUCAACCUCUGCCUGGACAAACGAGAACAGAAUUACGUCGAUGUCUCUAAACAAAUCGUUGUUCACUUAUCGAGCACUCCGGCUGGACAAAAGGUGGUCGAAUUUCUACUCCUUCAGAUCAACCCACGUUCAUUAGUGAGUGAAAAGCGCGAACCAUUACCGCCACCAGCAGAUGCUGUCAACUUGCCAUAUCUCGCGGACCUCAGCGCUUUACUCCCGAGCAGCAAUAAGCAGUCUGGAUUUGCUCUUGGGCAAGUUUGUUUGAUAUUACUCGUUGAUCUCAUGGUCUCUCCCGUUGAGCUCGCGAGCGAACACGUGCCUCUGCUACUUCAAGUCGUCCUUGUUCUCUGGGAUCAUUACACGCCCGUGGUCCAGGAUCAAGCACGAGAGAUGCUCGUACAUCUCAUCCACGAACUAGUUAUAUCCAGGAUUGAAGACGACGCCCUCGGCAUCGACAAGCGUGCUAUUGAAGACUUUGUCGAAAAUAUACGCCAACAUGAUGCUAAAGUCGUGUGGAACUACGACGACAAGAACAGCAAGGAGGCAGAAGACUCUAGUACCAAGGUACCGGAGUCCAUGGAGUACGUUUCCGGCGAAGUUUUGAAGCUCUUCAGCCUUGCCUACCCCGGUCUUAGGGAGGCGUGGGGAAGGGUGGCACUCAACUGGGCUACGUCUUGUCCCGUCCGACAUCUUGCGUGUCGAUCAUUUCAACUUUUCCGAUGCAUACUGAGCUCUCUGGAUCAGCAGAUGCUCUCCGACAUGCUAGCCAGGCUCUCCAACACCAUCUCGGACGAAGAAAGUGACAUCCAGACCUUUUCUAUGGAGAUCUUGACAACCCUACGCGCCAUCAUCGAAGCCCUAGCCCCGGAAGACCUCGUGCAAUACCCGCAGCUCUUCUGGACAACCUGUGCCUGUCUUGAUACCAUACACGAAGGCGAAUUCAUGGAGAGCUUGUUAAUGCUGGACAAGUUUCUUGACAAAUUAGAUCUCGGCGACCCUACUAUCUUACAGAUACUUGAGGACAGUUGCCCCGACAGAUGGGAGGGUAACUUCGAGGGGUUAGCACAGCUCACCUUCAAGGGCAUACGAUCGAGCACUUGUUUGGAUCGUUCAUUACGGAUUCUCGGUAGGCUGGUCGUUCUCCCUUCAAGUCGGAUCGUUGGAGAUGACACGCGACUCGUCUACACCAUCCUCGCCAAUUUGCCGAGAUUCAUACGUUCUUUCGAGACAAUCAAACGGGACCCUGGUGUCAAAGCAACUGCCGAGCUUCUGGCUCGUGUUGCCGAAGAGCAAUAUCAGUGCACACCACUGGCUGAUGCGCUUACCUCCUUCGCACUGAAGAGAUUUCGUCAAGAAACAGAUUUUCUGUCGCAAACCUUGUCAGCCCUUCGAUCAGCCUACUUCCCGGACCUUGAGCUUGGCAGCCUGAUCUUUAUGCUCGGUUUGCUCACGAACAAGAUAGACUGGAUGAAGAUCAACACUAUGGAGGUACUGUGUAUCAUGAUACCAGAAAUCGAAAUGCGCAAACCAGAGAUAGCUUCGAAGGGGCCUGACCUCGUCUCACCAUUGUUGCGAUUAUUGCAGACCGAGUUCUGUCCGCAAGCGCUGCGAGUACUGGACUUCGUCAUCAAUCUGAACAUGACCAACGCACCAACACCUUUUGAGAAGCAGCAUAUCCGCAUGAGCAUGGCCGGGUCACACUCAACCAGAGGUUACAAGAAGCAGUUCGAGAAAACCCAGUCGUUGUACGGCAUUCCCGAUGAGAGCGGAUGGUCGAUACCAAUGCCUGCUCAUCACUCGCAUCUGACAAGGGCGAAUGUGCACGCCGUAUUCUAUACGUGUGGUAACCUGGAAGGCGCCGAUGCUCCUGAAACAGCAACUCCAAAGAUUGAGUUCCGUGCGGACGAAUUUCCGUUCAGCCCGUUGUCAGACUACCGGACAGCAACCAUGACUUCCGAAGACAUACGUGGUGACGGCCACAUCGGCGAUCUCGUUAUGAAGCUAGAUAGUCUCGACGACUUCUUUGAUGAUGACGACGAUGACGACGACGAUAACGAGACACUCACAGAUCUGCCCAACUUCACGUCAAGUCAUUACUCACCCAAUGGUGCAUAUGCAAAUGGGGCACUGAAUACACGGGAGAACCUGUACGACCAACAAACUGCACCAAUACUGCUGAAGUCAUUGACACGCAACGCUAGCGUUACGUCUUUCCAGUCAGGCUUUAGCACCGAUCACGUCAAGCUGUCACCUGCACGGGUUCCCGGCGUUAUGACCCCAGGGGCUUUUAGCUCCUUCAAUUCGACACCGGCUUCCUCGGGGCCUACAAGUGCUCCGCGCCCUGGUCUUCACGCCCGGUCAGUCACCUCGCCAUCUGCGCCAAAUCAGAGUCAGCGACUCUCUCCCUCCCUCUCCACGACUACACUCGAUGAGAUCGGCGAAUCUUUCUCAGACGACGACAUUCGCCUGACAAGUACCGACCGUACAUUCAGCUUGGAGAACAUGCCAAAACCUGCUCCACCGGAAACGCGAAGCAGAUUCCGUAGUGGUAUGAGACGACUCACUGGUGGUGGUGGAGAUGGGAAGGAAGGUGCAAAAACAAGAGAAGCAUUCAAGCAAGCGCUGCAGAAGAGUCCGCAGGUUCCCAAAGUGCCAGAUAUCUACCUGCACAAUCCGAAAACUUCGGACUUAUAGCAACGACUGAGCUUCCUUGGAUUGAACUAGUUCAUCCAGGAAGCUCAUACUCGAGAUGAUUCUAAGACGGUUGGAUGGGAUAGCCGACACGACUAGGAUAACGAGAGAAAGGUUGGGAGGAGUGAGGGGGAGGUAAUUGAGAAGGUGGCUGAUGUGAUGGUUGUUAUUUUGCGUCAAGAUACCAGAUUGCUUCAGAGAAGCUAGGCAAUGUAUAAUUCUUCGAAAUCUGU